GAGCGAGGCCCGAGGAUUGCGGGGGCGGAUCCGGCACCGGCACCCGCCAAGAUGGAGCCCGAGGAGACGCGGGAGCUGCUCCUGCCCAGCUGGACGGGCAGCGGCUCCCACGGCAUCACCAUCGCCCAGACCGACGACGGCGUCUUCGUGCGCCGCGUGCAGCAGAACUCGCCGGCCGCUGCGCAUGGGCGUGGUGCAGGAAGGGAUCAGAUCGUCGGCGCCACCGUUUACUUUGACAAGCUGCCGUCGGGGGAGGCGGCGCAGCUGCUGCAGAGCCUGGGCCAGCACACGCUGGGGCUGCGGCUGCAGCGGCGCGGCGACCGCUCGCCCACGGCCGGACACGCCUGCGGCCACGCCAGACACGGCUGCGGUCAGCUGGAGCUGGUGCCCGGCAGCCCCGAGGUCGUGCUGAGCGGCGAUGACGAGGAGUACCGGCGCAUCUACACCACCAAGAUCAAACCGCGGCUCAGGUCUGAGGAGGGCCCCGAGGCCGAGGGGACGCAGAGUAGAACCAUCACGGUCACCCGCAGGGUCACCGCCUACACCGUGGACGUCUCCGGCCACGAUGGCGACCUCGAUGUCCACCUGCCCGCGACACCUGAGGGGCUUCACCUGAGCCAAAUUCCUGCCGGAGAAACUGGAAAAUGCCUGGCGGGCUGGAAGGGCGCCGGGGCCUCGCCGCGCGUGGAGGCCAACGGACAGUUUGGAGAGCUGGACGGGACACUGCACGUGGCCGGAGGGGCUCCGUGUCCCCACGGGGAGCUCGGCAGCUCCUCCUCCGUGGACGUGGGGAAAAUCAAGAUCCCGACAUUAAAAAUCCCCAAAUUCGGGGUCCAGGCCGGCGGUGAAGCUCCGGCCCCACAGGUGGACGCUGGGGUGGACGUCACCUGCUCGCCCGCCCCGGUGCCACAGGUGGAUGUGGCGGUCAAAGGUGCCACCAAGGUCCCCUCCCCUCCGCUGGACGUCCCCAGCGUGGAGAUCCCAACCACGGAUGGCGCAAAAGGGAAAAUCAAAAUCCCGCACUUGACCUUCCCCAAAUUCACUGCACAGGGCGACGGCGGCGCCACCGUGGAUGUCCCCAAGGGCGUGGCCGUCCCCGAGGGCGUGGCCGGCCCUGAGGUGGCCCUGGAGGGAGAAUGGAAAGGCCCCACCUUCAAGAAGGUGGAAACGCCCCAAAUUUCGCUGUCGGACGUGAACCUGAACCUGAGGGGCCCCAGAGGGGAAGGGGACCCCAAAGGACUCGGCCCCAAGGGGCUCCAGGUGGACCUGAGGGGGCCCCGGGUGGACAUGGCCGGGCCUGGGGGUGGCCUGAAGGGCGUGGAGGUGGACAUUGGCGUGAAGGGGCCGAAGGGAGGAGUGGACGUGGCUGUGCCCACCCUGGGGGGCGAAUUGAGGGGGCCACAGCUGGACCUGAAAGGGCCCCAGAUUGGGGUAGAGGUGCCCGGAGUGGACAUCAAAGGCCCCGAGAUGGGCAUCAAGACCCCCCAAGCAUCCGUGCCCGACAUCAACCUGAGCCUCAAGGGGCCCGGAGUGAAGGGAAAUGUGGAUGUUGGUGCCCCAAAACUGGAAGGGGAGCUGAAGGGCCCCGGGCUGGACAUCAAAGGCCCAAUGGAGGUGGGGAGCCCAGAAAUGGAGAUCCAGAGCCCCGAGGGGAAACUGAGGUUCCCCAAGCUGAAGAUGCCCAAAUUUGGGGUGAAGGGAGAGACCCCCAGCACCGAGGUGACCCUUCCCAAAGGGGGGGUGGACGCCUCCUGCCCCAAGGUAGACAUUGGCGUCCCGAGCGUGGACAUCAAGGGCCCCAAGGUGGACGUUGAAGCGCCCGAAGUGGACGUGCACGGCCCCGAGGGGAAAUUCAAGAUGCCCAAGUUCAAAAUGCCCAAAUUUGGGUUGCCUGGGGUCAAGGCAGAAGGUCCAGAGCUGGACGUGAACCUCUCAAAGGGCGGCGUGGAGGUGUCAGGCCCCAAGGUGGACGUUGAGGCGCCGAGUUUGGACAUCCAGGCCCCCAAAAUCUCCGUGCCGGACGUCGAGCUGACCCUGAACGGUGCCAAGGCCAGCGGCGACCUGGACGUGUCCGUGCCGGGUUUGAAGGGCCCCAAGCUGGACAUCAAAGGGCCCAAAGUCGAGGUUGAAGCCCCAGAUUUGGACGUCCAAGGGCCCGAGGGCAAACUGAAGUUCCCCAAGAUGAAAAUGCCCAAAUUUGGGGUGAAGGGAGAGAGCCCCGAGCUUGAGGUGACCCUUCCCAAAGCGGGGGUGGACGUUUCGGGUCCUGGUGUCACAGUCGAGGUCCCUGGCGUGGACCUGAAGGGCCCCAAGAUGAAGGUGCCCGAGGUGGGCAUCAAAACCCCCCAGAUCUCCAUGCCCGACAUCGACCUGAGCCUCAAAGGGCCCAAAGUCAAGGCAGAUUUGGACGUUUCCGCCCCAAAACUGGAAGGGGAGCUGAAGACCCCCGGGCUGGACCUCAAAGGGCCCAAAGUCGAGGUUGAAGCCCCAAAUUUGGACAUCCGGCCUGAGGGCAAACUGAAGUUCCCCAAGAUGAAAAUGCCCAAAUUUGGGGUGAAGGGAGAGAGCCCCGAGCUCGAGGUGACCCUUCCCAAAGGGGGCAUGGACAUUUCUGCCCCCAAGGUGGACAUUGAUGUCCCCAAGAUGGACAUUUCCGCCCCCAAAAUGGACAUUUCUGCCCCCAAGGUGGACAUCGACGUCCCCAGCGUGAACAUGGAAGGGCCAGAGGUCAAAGGGAAAGGCCUCAAGUUCAAAAUGCCCGAACUCAACGUUCAGACCCCAAAACUCUCCAUGCCCGACGUGGAUCUGGGCUUGAAGGCCCCGAAACUCAAAGGGGACCUCGGAAUUUCUGGGCUGAAGGGCCCAAAAAUGGACGUGAAAGGCCCCAAGGUGGACGUGGAAAGUGCCAAAAUCGACGUGAAAGGUCCCAGGUUGGAUGUGGAAGGUCCCAAGGUGGAUGUGGAAGGUCCCAAGGUGGAUGUGGAAGGUCCCAAGGUGGAUGUGGACGUGCCGGAGGUGGACUUGGAGUGUCCAGAAGGGAAGGUGAAAGGUCCCAAAUUCCGGAUGCCCAAACUCAACAUCAAAUCCCCCAAAAUCUCGAUGCCGGACGUGGAUUUGAACCUGAAGGGACCCAAAGUGAAGGGAGACGUGGACGUGUCCCUCCCCAAGGUGGAAGGGGAGUUGAAAGCUCCGGAAGUGGACAUUAAAGGGCCGAAGGUGGACGUGGAGGUGCCCGGCGUGGAUUUGGAGGGGCCUGAGGGGAAGAUCAAAGGGCCCAAGUUCAAGAUGCCCGAGAUGCACAUCAAGACCCAGAAGAUCUCCUUGCCUGACGUGGACAUCAACCUCAAGGGCCACAAGGUCAAGGGGGAUGUGGACGUGUCCCUGCCAAAGCUCGAGGGUGACCUGAAGGGCCCUGAACUGGACAUCAAGGGCCCCAAAGUGGACAUUGAGGCACCUGACGUGGACAUUCACGGGCCUGAGGGGAAAUUCAAGAUGCCCAAGUUCAAAAUGCCCAAAUUUGGGAUGUCUGGGGUCAAAGCAGAAGGCCCCGAGGUGGACGUGAACCUCCCAAAAGGAGACCUGGACGUGUCCGGCCCCAAGGUGGACAUUGAAGGUCCAGAGGUGGACAUUGACCUCCCAGAGGGGAAGGUGAAGGGCCCCAAGUUCAAGAUGCCUGAGAUGCACAUCAAGGCCCCCAAGAUCUCCAUGCCCGACAUUGACCUGAACCUCAAAGGCCCCAAAUUGAAGGGGGACGUUGAUGUCUCUGUCCCAAAGCUCGAGGGUGACCUGAAAGCCCCAGACAUCGACAUCAAGGGCCCCAAGGUGGACAUUGAGGCACCUGAUGUGGACAUUCAUGGGCCAGAGGGGAAAUUCAAGAUGCCCAAGUUCAAAAUGCCCAAAUUUGGGCUGAAGGGAGAAGGCCCCGAGGUGGACGUGAACCUCCCAAAAGGAGACCUGGACGUUUCCGGCCCCAAGGUGGACGUUGAGAUGCCAAGUGUGGACAUUGAGGGGGCAGAGGGGAAGAUCAAAGGCCCCAAGUUCAAGAUGCCCGAGAUGAACAUCAAGGCCCCCAAGAUCUCCAUGCCUGAUGUUGAUUUCAACCUGAAGGGCCCCAAGGUCAAAGGAGACAUCGAUGUUUCUGCUCCAAAGCUGGAGGGUGAACUGAAGGGGCCUGAACUGGACAUCAAGGGCCCCAAAGUGGACAUUGAGGCACCUGACGUGGACAUGCACGGGCCAGAGGGGAAAUUCAAGAUGCCUAAAUUCAAAAUGCCCAAAUUUGGGAUGCCCGGGGUCAAGGUAGAAGGCCCUGAGGUGGAUGUGAACCUCCCGACAGGAAACCUGGACAUGUCCGGCCCCAAGGUGGACAUUGAAGGUCCAGAGGUGGACGUGGAGCUGCCAGAGGGGAAGGUGAAGGGCCCCAAGUUCAAGAUGCCCGAGAUGCAUUUUAAGACCCCCAAGAUCUCCAUGCCCGACAUUGAUUUGAAUCUCAAAGGCCCCAAACUGAAGGGAGACGUUGAUGUUUCCCUUCCCAAAGUUGAAGGAGACCUGAAAGCCCCAGACAUCGACAUCAAGGGCCCCAAAGUCAAUGUGGAUCUCCCCGAUGUGGAGCUGGAAGGGCCUGAGGGGAAGAUCAAAGGCCCCAAGUUCAAGAUGCCCGAGAUGCACAUCAAGGCCCCCAAGAUCUCCAUGCCUGAUGUCGACUUCAACCUCAAAGGCCCCAAAUUGAAGGGGGACGUUGAUGUCUCUGUCCCAAAGCUCGAGGGUGACCUGAAAGCCCCAGACAUCGAUAUCAAGGGCCCCAAGGUGGACAUUGAGGCACCUGACGUGGACAUUCACGGGCCAGAGGGUAAAUUCAAGAUGCCCAAGUUCAAAAUGCCCAAAUUUGGGCUGAAGGGAGAAGGCCCCGAGGUGGACGUGAACCUCCCAAAAGGAGACCUGGACAUGUCCGGCCCCAGGGUGGACGUUGAGAUGCCGAGUGUGGACAUUGAGGGCCCAGAGGGGAAGAUCAAAGGCCCCAAGUUCAAGAUGCCCGAGAUGAACAUCAAGGCCCCCAAGAUCUCCAUGCCUGACAUCGACCUCAACCUCAAGGGCCCCAAGGUCAAGGGGGGCGAUGUCUCUGUCCCCAAGUUGGAAGGGGACCUGAAGGGGCCUGAACUGGACAUAAAAGGCCCCAAAGUCAAUGUUGAAGCACCAGAUGUGGACAUCCAUGGUCCAGAAGGAAAAUUCAAGAUGCCCAAGUUCAAAAUGCCCAAAUUUGGGAUGCCCGGGGUCAAGGUAGAAGGCCCUGAGGUGGACGUGAACCUCCCGACAGGAAACCUGGAUGUAUCCGGCCCCAAGGUGGACAUUGAAGGUCCAGAGGUGGAUGUGGAUCUGCCAGAAGGGAAAAUCAAAGGCCCCAAGUUCAAGAUGCCUGAGAUGAACAUCAAAGCCCCCAAGAUCUCCAUGCCUGACAUCGACCUGAACCUGAAAGGUCCCAAAGUCAAGGGGGGCGUUGAUGUCUCCGUCCCCAAGUUGGAGGCUGACCUGAAGGGUCCAGAUGUGAACAUUAAAGGUCCCAAGCUGGAUGUGGACGUUCCUGAGGUUGACAUUGAAGGUCCCGAGGGGAAGUGGAAGGGACCCAAGCUGAAGAUGCCCGAGAUGAACAUCAAGGCACCGAAGUUUUCUCUGCCUGAUGUCGAUCUGCACCUGAAAGGUCCCAACGUGAAGGGAGACGUGGGCGUGUCUGCCCCAAAGAUAGAAGGUGACGUGAAAGUGCCGGAUCUGGAGUUGAAAGGACCCAAAGUGGACGUGGAUGUGCCCGACGUGGAGCUGGAGGGCCCCGAGGGGAAGAUCAAAGGCCCCAAGUUCAAGAUGCCCGAGAUGCACUUCAAGGCCCCCAAGAUCUCCAUGCCUGACUUCGAUCUCAACCUGAAGGGCCCCAAAGUGAAGGGAGAUGUGGAUGUGUCCGUCCCGAAAAUCGAGGGAGGUCUGAAGGCCCCGGAUGUUGACAUCAAAGGCCCCAAGGUCGAUGUGGAUCUCCCCAACAUCGACCUGGAGUGUCCCGAGGGGAAGAUCAAAGGCCCCAAGUUCAAGAUGCCCGAAAUGCAUUUCAACCCCAAGAUCUCCAUGCCCGACAUUGACCUCAACCUGAAGGGCCCCAAACUGAAGGGGGACAUGGACAUUUCUGCCCCAAAACUGGAGGGUGACCUGAAGGGCCCAGACAUGGACAUCAAAGGUCCCAAGGUGGACAUCGAAGCUCCUGACGUGGACAUUGAGCUCCCCGAGGGGAAGGUGAAGGGCCCCAAGUUCAAGAUGCCCGAGAUGCACUUCAAGGCCCCCAAGAUCUCCAUGCCCGACUUUGAUCUGAACCUGAAGGGCCCCAAGGUCAAAGGCGAUGUCGAUGUGUCCGUGCCGAAGCUCGAAGGGGACCUGAAAGGGCCAGAGGUGUCACUGAAAGGUCCAAAAAUGGACGUUGAGGUUCCUGACGUGGAGCUGGAGUGUCCAGAGGGGAAGAUCAAAGGCCCCAAGUUCAAGAUGCCCGAGAUGCACUUCAAGGCGCCCAAGAUCUCCAUGCCUGACUUUGAUCUCAACCUGAAGGGCCCCAAAGUCAAGGGGGACAUUGAUGUUUCUGCUCCCAAGCUGGAAGGGGACCUGAAGGGGCCUGAAUUGGAUGUCAAAGGCCCCAAAGUUGAUGUCAACCUCCCUGACGUUGACCUGGAGUGUCCUGAGGGGAAACUGAAGGGCCCCAAGUUCAAGAUGCCCGAGAUGCACAUCAAGGCCCACAAGAUCUCCAUGCCUGACAUCGACCUGAACCUGAAGGGCCCCAAAUUGAAGGGAGAUGUCGAUGUUUCUGCUCCAAAGCUGGAAGGAGACCUGAAAGCCCCAGACAUCGACAUCAAGGGCCCCAAAGUCAAUGUGGACCUCCCAGAUGUGGAGCUGGAGUGUCCCGAGGGGAAGAUCAAAGGCCCCAAGUUCAAGAUGCCCGAGAUGCACAUCAAGGCCCCCAAGAUCUCCAUGCCUGAUGUUGAUUUCAACCUCAAAGGCCCCAAAUUGAAGGGGGACAUUGAUGUCUCGGCUCCCAAGCUCGAGGGUGACCUGAAAGCCCCAGACAUUGACAUCAAAGGCCCCAAGGUGGACAUUGAGGCACCUGACGUGGACAUUCAUGGGCCAGAGGGGAAAUUCAAGAUGCCCAAGUUCAAAAUGCCCAAAUUUGGGCUGAAGGGAGAAGGCCCCGAGGUGGACGUGAACCUGCCAAAAGGAGACCUGGAUGUUUCCGGCCCCAAGGUGGACAUUGAAGGUCCAGAUGUGGACAUGGAGCUGCCAGAGGGGAAGGUGAAGGGCCCCAAGUUCAAGAUGCCCGAGAUGCAUUUUAAGACCCCCAAGAUCUCCAUGCCCGACAUCGACCUGAACCUGAAGGGCCCCAAGGUCAAGGGCGAUGUCGAUGUUUCCCUUCCCAAAGUUGAAGGAGACCUCAAGGGGCCUGAACUGGACAUCAAAGGCCCCAAAGUCAAUGUGGACCUCCCCGAUGUGGAGCUGGAAGGGCCCGAGGGGAAGAUCAAAGGUCACAAGUUCAAGAUGCCUGAGAUGCACAUCAAGGCACCCAAGUUCUCCAUGCCUGACGUUGAUUUCGGCUUGAAAGGCCCCAGGGUCAAGGGCGACAUGGAUGUGUCCCUUCCAAAGCUGGAGGGUGAACUGAAGGGGCCUGAACUGGACAUCAAGGGUCCCAAAGUGGACGUUGAUGUGCCAGAUGUGGACAUUCAUGGGCCUGAGGGAAAAAUUAAAUUCCCCAAGUUCAAAAUGCCCAAAUUUGGGAUGCCUGGGGUCAAGGCAGAAGGCCCCGAGGUGGACGUGAACCUCCCGACAGGAAACCUGGACGUGUCCGGCCCCAAGGUAGACAUUGAAGGGCCAGAUGUGGACAUUGAUCUCCCCGAGGGGAAGGUGAAGGGCCCCAAGUUCAAGAUGCCCGAGAUGCACAUCAAGGCCCCCAAGAUCUCCAUGCCCGAUGUUGACUUCAACCUGAAAGGCCCCAAACUGAAAGGAGACAUCGAUGUCUCCGCUCCAAAGCUUGAGGGUGACCUGAAAGCUCCAGACAUCGACAUCAAAGGCCCCAAAGUCGAUGUUGAUCUCCCCGAUGUUGAUUUGGAAGGUCCCGAGGGGAAGAUCAAAGGUCCCAAGUUCAAGAUGCCUGAGAUGCACAUCAAAGCCCCCAAGUUCUCCAUGCCCGACGUCGACUUCAGCCUGAAGGGCCCCAAAGUCAAAGGUGACAUCGACGUCUCUGUCCCCAAGCUGGAAGGUGACCUGAAGGGGCCUGAACUGGACAUCAAGGGUCCCAAAGUGGACGUUGAUGUGCCAGAUGUGGACAUUCAUGGGCCUGAGGGAAAGAUAAAGUUCCCCAAGUUCAAAAUGCCCAAAUUUGGGAUGCCUGGGGUCAAGGCAGAAGGCCCUGAGGUGGAUGUGAACCUCCCGACAGGAAACCUGGACGUGUCCGGCCCCAAGGUGGACAUUGAAGGGCCAGAGGUGGACGUGGAGGUGCCAGAGGGGAAGGUGAAGGGCCCCAAGUUCAAGAUGCCCGAGAUGCACAUCAAGGCCCCCAAGAUCUCCAUGCCUGACGUCGACUUCAACCUCAAAGGCCCCAAACUGAAAGGAGAUGUUGAUGUUUCUGCUCCAAAACUCGAGGGAGACCUGGAAGUCCCAGACAUUGACAUCAAAGGCCCCAAAGUCGAUGUUGAUCUCCCGGACGUUGAUUUAGAAGGGCCCGAGGGGAAGAUCAAAGGCCCCAAGUUCAAGAUGCCCGAGAUGCACAUCAGCCCCAAGAUCUCCAUGCCUGAUGUUGACUUCAGCCUCAAAGGCCCCAAAUUAAAGGGAGACGUCGAUGUCUCUGUCCCCAAGCUGGAGGGUGACCUGAAGGGGCCUGAACUGGACAUCAAGGGUCCCAAAGUGGACAUUGAGGCACCUGAUGUGGACAUUCACGGCCCAGAAGGGAAAAUCAAAAUGCCCAAGUUCAAGAUGCCCAAAUUCGGCUUUUCUGGGCCCAAAGUUGAAGGCCCCGAGGUGGACGUGAACCUCCCCGAGGCCGAGGUCAACAUUUCGGGUCCAAAAGUCGACGUUUCUGUCCCCGAGCUGGACAUUGAGGGCCCUGAGGGGAAACUGAAGGGGCCCAAGCUGAAGAAGCCAGAGCUGCAGUUCAACGUCCCCAAGAUCUCCAUGCCCGACAUCGACCUCAACCUGAAGGGCCCCAAACUCAAAGGUGACCUCGAUGCUUCUCUGCCCAAGGUGGAGGGCGAGCUGAAGGGCCCCAAAGUGGACAUCAAAGGGCCGGAGCUGGAGCUGGAGGGGCCGAAGGUGGACCUGGAAGGAAAAGCUAAAAAAUCCAGGUUUAAACUCCCUAAGUUUGGCUUUUCUGGCCCAAAAGUUCAGAGCCCCGAGGUGGAUGUGAAGGUUAAAAAGCCUGAGGUGGAACUGUCCGGCCCCAAAGUCGAGGUCCAGGGUCCGGAUUUGGACGUGCAGGGAAAAUCCAAGGGCUCCAAAUUCAAAAUGCCUUUUCUGAACAUUUCUUCACCCAAAAUGUCGAUGCCGGACGUGGAGCUGAACCUGAAGGGGCACAAGAUGAAGGGGGAGUUUGACCUGUCCACCCCCAAACUGGAAGGGGAGCUGAAGGGUCCUGAGGUGGACAUCAAGGGCCCCAAGGUCAACAUCGAGGCCCCCAACGUGGACGUUCACGGUCCAGAGGGGAAAAUCAAAAUGCCCAAGUUCAAAAUGCCCAAAUUUGGUGUUCCUGGGUUUAAAGGGGAGGGGCCAGAGGUGGACGUGAACUUGCCCACAGGAGAACUGGACGUGUCCGGUCCUAAAGUGGACAUUGAAGGUCCAGAGGUGGACAUUGAGGGGCCGGAGGGGAAGAUCAAAGGGCCCAAGUUCAAGAUGCCCGAGAUGAACAUCAAAGCCCCCAAGAUCUCCAUGCCCGACAUCGACCUGAACCUGAAGGGCCCCAAGGUCAAGGGGGACGUGGACAUGUCCCUGCCCCAGGUGGACCUGAAGGGACCCAAGGUGGACGUGGAGGUUCCCGACGUCGACAUCGAGGGCCCACAAGGGAAAAUCAAAGGCCCCAAAUUCAAAAUGCCCGAGAUGAACAUCAAAGCCCCCAACCUGUCCAUGCCAGACCUGGACCUCAACCUGAAAGGUCCCAAGGUCAAAGGGGGGGCAGACAUCGAUCUGACCGCACCAAAAAUCGAGGGAGACCUGAGCUUGCCGGACGUCAACAUCAAAGGCCCCAAGGUGGACAUUGAAGGGCCAGAGGUGGACAUUGACCUCCCAGAGGGGAAGGUGAAGGGCCCCAAGUUCAAGAUGCCCGAGAUGCACAUCAAGGCCCCCAAGAUCUCCAUGCCUGACGUUGAUUUCAACCUGAAGGGCCCCAAAAUCAAGGGGGACAUUGAUGUCUCUGCUCCAAAGAUGGAAGGUGACCUGAAAGCCCCAGACAUUGACAUCAAGGGCCCCAAGGUGGACAUUGAGGCACCUGACGUGGACAUUCAUGGGCCUGAGGGGAAAUUCAAGAUGCCCAAAUUCAAAAUGCCCAAAUUUGGGCUGAAGGGAGAAGGCCCCGAGGUGGACGUGAACCUGCCAAAAGGAGACCUGGAUGUGUCCGGCCCCAAGGUGGACAUUGAAGGUCCAGAUGUGGACAUGGAGCUGCCAGAGGGGAAGGUGAAGGGCCCCAAGUUCAAGAUGCCCGAGAUGCAUUUUAAGACCCCCAAGAUCUCCAUGCCCGACAUUGACCUGAACCUGAAGGGCCCCAAAUUGAAGGGGGACGUUGAUGUCUCUGUCCCCAAGAUGGAAGGAGACCUGAAAGGACCUGAAAUUGAACUCAAGGGCCCCAAAGUCGAUGUGGAUCUCCCCGAUGUUGAUCUGGAAGGGCCUGAGGGGAAGAUCAAAGGCCCCAAGUUCAAGAUGCCCGAGAUGCACAUCAAGGCCCCCAAGAUCUCCAUGCCAGACUUUGAUCUCAACCUGAAAGGUCCCAAAGUGAAGGGAGACGUGGACGUGUCCCUGCCCACCGUGGAAGGAGACCUUAAAGGGCCAAAGGUGGAUGUGAAAGGCCCUGAAUUCGAUGUUUCUGCCCCAGAUGUUCAAAUUGAGGGUCCCGAAGGGAAGAUCAAAGGCCCCAAGUUCAAGAUGCCCGAGAUGAACAUCAAAGCCCCCAAGAUCUCCAUGCCCGACUUUGACCUGAACCUGAAGGGCCCCAAAUUGAAGGGGGACAUUGAUGUUUCUGCUCCCAAGCUGGAAGGAGACCUGAAGGGCCCAGACGUCGACAUCAAAGGCCCCAAAGUCGAUGUUGACCUGCCUGACAUGGCUGAAGGGCCUGAGGGGAAGAUCAAAGGCCCCAAGUUCAAGAUGCCCGAGAUGCACAUCAAGGCCCCCAAGAUCUCCAUGCCUGAUGUUGAUUUCAACCUGAAAGGCCCCAAAGUCAAAGGUGAUGUGGACGUGUCCCUUCCAAAACUGGAGGGUGACCUGAAAGCCCCAGACAUUGACAUCAAGGGCCCCAAAGUGGACAUUGAGGCACCUGACGUGGACAUUCACGGGCCAGAGGGGAAAUUCAAGAUGCCCAAGUUCAAAAUGCCCAAAUGGCUGAAGGGAGAAGGCCCCGAGGUGGACGUGAACCUGCCAAAAGGAGACCUGGAUGUGUCCGGCCCCAAGGUGGACAUUGAAGGUCCAGAGGUGGACGUGGAGCUGCCAGAGGGGAAGGUGAAAGGCCCCAAGUUCAAGAUGCCCGAGAUGCAUUUUAAGACCCCCAAGAUCUCCAUGCCCGACAUUGAUUUGAAUCUCAAAGGCCCCAAACUGAAGGGAGACGUUGAUGUUUCCCUUCCCAAAGUUGAAGGAGACCUGAAAGCCCCAGACAUCGACAUCAAGGGCCCCAAAGUCGAUGUUGAUCUCCCCGAUGUGGAGCUGGAAGGGCCUGAGGGGAAGAUCAAAGGCCCCAAGUUCAAGAUGCCCGAGAUGCACAUCAAGGCCCCCAAGAUCUCCAUGCCUGACAUCGAUUUCAACCUCAAAGGCCCCAAAGUCAAGGGCGACAUCGACGUCUCAGUCCCUAAACUUGAAGGUGACCUGAAGGGGCCUGAAAUUGAUAUCAAGGGCCCCAAAGUGGACGUUGAUGUGCCAGACGUGGACAUUCACGGCCCAGAAGGGAAAAUCAAAAUGCCCAAGUUCAAGAUGCCCAAAUUCGGCUUUUCUGGGCCCAAAGUGGAAGGCCCCGAGGUGGAUGUGAACCUGCCCUCAGGAAAACUGGAUGUGUCUGGCCCCAAGGUGGACAUUGAGGGGCCAGAGGUGGACAUUGACCUCCCAGAGGGGAAGGUGAAGGGCCCCAAGUUCAAGAUGCCCGAGAUGCACAUCAAGGCCCCCAAGAUCUCCAUGCCUGACCUCGACCUGAACCUGAAGGGCCCCAAGGUCAAGGGUGACGUGGACGUGUCCCUGCCCAGCGUGGAGGGAGGGCUGAAAGGGCCCGAGGUCAGCGUCACCGGCCCCGAGGUGGCCAUCGACAGCCCCGAGGGCAAGUUCAAACUGCCCAAGUUCAAGAUGCCCAAAUUCUCCAUGCCGGGGUUCAAGGGGGAUGGGGUGGACGCUGACCUGACCCUCCCCAAGGGCGACGUGGCCAUUUCAGGCCCCAACUUGGACCUGGAGGCUCCUGAGCUGAGCGUGGACGGGAAAGCCAAAGGUCCCAAAUUUUCCAUGCCCGAGAUGCACAUCAAGGCCCCCAAGAUCUCCAUGCCCGACGUCGACUUCAACCUGAAGGGCCCCAAACUGAAGGGAGACGUUGAUGUUUCCCUUCCCAAAGUUGAAGGAGACCUGAAGGCCCCAGACAUCGACAUCAAAGGCCCCAAAGUCAAUGUGGAUCUCCCGGAUGUGGAGCUGGAAGGGCCUGAGGGGAAGAUCAAAGGCCCCAAGUUCAAGAUGCCUGAGAUGCACAUCAAGGCCCCCAAGAUCUCCAUGCCUGAUGUUGAUUUCAACCUCAAAGGCCCCAAAAAAGGUGACAUGGAUGUCUCUGUCCCAAAGCUCGAGGGUGACCUGAAAGCCCCAGACAUCGACAUCAAGGGCCCCAAGGUGGACAUUGAGGCACCCGAUGUGGACAUUCAUGGGCCAGAGGGUAAAUUCAAGAUGCCCAAGUUCAAAAUGCCCAAAUUUGGGCUGAAGGGAGAAGGUCCCGAGGUGGACGUGAACCUCCCAAAAGGAGACCUGGACAUGUCCGGCCCCAGGGUGGACGUUGAGAUGCCGAGUGUGGACAUUGAGGGCCCAGAGGGGAAGAUCAAAGGCCCCAAGUUCAAGAUGCCUGAGAUGCACAUCAAGGCCCCCAAGAUCUCCAUGCCCGACGUCGAUUUCAACCUGAAGGGCCCCAAGGUCAAGGGUGAUGUUGAUGUCUCUGCCCCGAUGCUGGAGGGCAACCUGCAGUGCCCAGAUGUUGACCUCAAGGGCCCCAAGGUGGACAUUCAGGCUCCGGACGUGACCCUGGAAGGGCCCAAGGUGAAGAUGCCCGAAAUUCAUGUCAAGACCCCCCAGAUCUCCAUGCCGGACAUUGACCUGAACCUGAAAGGGCUGAAGGUCAAAGGUGACGCUGACCUGCACGGCCCCAAGCUCGAGGGGGGCCUCAAGGGCCCUGAUCUGGACAUCAAAGGCCCCAAGGUGGACAUCGAGGGCCCCGCGGUCGAUGUCGAUGGCCUGGAGGGGAAGGUGAAGCUGCCCAAAAUGAAAAUGCCCAAAUUUGGCUUGAAGGGCGAAGGGCCCGAGGUGGACGUGAACCUGCCCAAGGCCGAGGUGGAUCUGUCUGGGCCCAAGGUCGAUCUCAGCCUGCCAGAGGUCAACGUUGAAGGUCCGGAGGGCAAAGUGAAAGGCCCUAAACUGAAAAUGCCCGAAAUGCACGUGAACGUCCCCAAAAUCUCCAUGCCCGAGAUAGACUUGAACCUGAAAGGCCACAAAACCAAGGGCGGCUUUGACAUUUCCACCCCCAUGGAAGGUCACCUGAAGGGCCCCGAGGUCGAGCUCAAAGGCCCAGAAUUUGGGGUGAAAGGCCCAGAAUUCGGGAUCAAAGGCCUGAGGUUGACGUUGAAUGUCCCCGACGUGAACGUGGAGGUCCCAGAAGCCAACAUCAAAGCUCCUAAGUUCAAAAAGUCCAAAUUUGGGUUUGGCAUGAAGACCCCCAAGGCCGAGGUGGAUUUACCCGAGGCGGAGCUGAGCGUGGAGUCCCCCGAGGCCCACCUGGCCGCGAAGGGCAAGAAGAGCAAGUUCAAGAUGCCCAAAAUCCACAUGAGCGGCCCCAAAGUGAAGGGCAAGAAGGGCGCGUUCGAGGUGAGCGCGGCCGGGGCCGAGCUGGAGGCGGAGCUCAGCGGCCCCGACGUCGCUGCGGGCGGAAGCGCCGCCGUGAAAUCCCCCAAGGGCAAGAAACCCAUGUUUGGGAAGAUCUCCUUCCCGGACGUCGAGUUCGACCUGAAAUCGCACAAAUUCCGUGGGGAGGCCCCGAAAGUCGAGGGCGAUCUGGAGGCCAAGGGCGACCUCAACGUGGAUGUGGAGGGCCCCGAGGUGAACCUGAAGAGCCCAAAAUUGAAACUGCCCGGGGUCCAGGUGGGCACGGGGGACGUGAAGGUCGGGGGGGAGCUGAAGGGCCCCGCCGGGGUCGGCGUUGAGGUGAAAGGACCAAAGGUGAAAGGUGAGGUCGGCGUGGGCGGAGCACAACUGGAAGGUCCCGAGGUCAGCCUGGGGUGGCCCAAGGGGGGCAGAGCGGGUCUGGGGCUGGAAGUGCCGGACGUGAGCUCGGAGCUGGACGUGAAGCUCAAAGGGCCCCAGAUCUCCGGAGCUGAGCUGGAGGGGAACCUGAAAGGACCAAAACUAAAGGGAGAUUUGGACAUUUCGGGCUCCGUGGAAGGGCCUGGCGUGGGCCUGGACCUCGGCGGCCUCGGGGGCAAGGUGAAGCUGCCCACGGUGAAGACCCCGACUCUGGAGGUCCAGGGGGGCAGUCCCUGCUCCGUCCAGUCCCCGGGGGCCGGCCGGGACCUGCAGGGGCCCUCGCUGGACGUGUCCGGCCUCGAUGUGGAUGUCAGCACGAAAGGACCAAAGGUGAAAGGAGAGGUGGGCAUCAAAGCCCCCCAGGUGUCAUCGGACGACGCCGGGUUUGAGAUUCUGGGGGGCACCAUCAAGCUGCCCUCGCUGAAGCUGCCCCAGUUCAGCGUCUCCAGCCCCGGGGGGGACGCGGGGGUCGCUCUGGAGGGCCCCCAGGUCAAGGGGGUGCUGGAAGGCCCCGAGGUGGAGCUGAAAGGGCCGAAAUUCUCCUCGCCAGACGCCGACCUGAGGCUGAAAGGACCAAAUGUGGACAUGGCCGGUGACAUCAAAGGGUCAAAGGUCAGUGUGGAUGCCCCUCACGGAGGGGUCAAUGUCCACCUGGAGGCUCCGGCCAUGGAAGUGUCCGGCUCGGGGCUGAACCUCAACGUGAAGGGGCCGAAGGUCAAGGGCGGUGUUGAGGCCACGCCGCCGUCGGUCAGCGCCGCUUCCGGAACGUUCCACGCCUCCUGCCCCAGGCUGGGCGCCGAGGGCGGCCAGGUCAAGGUAUCCUUCCCCAAGCUCCGCAUGCCCAAAUUCGUCUUCUCGGAGGCCGAGCCCAAGGGCCGCGAGGUCGGCGUGGACGUCGAGUUCCCCGAGGCGGAGCCGGACGAGGCCGAGGCGCGGCUGAAGAGAUCCAAGAUCAAGAUGCCCAAGUUCAACUUCUCCAAGCAGAAAGGCCGGGCUGGCGCUGGCAUCACCCCGGGGUCGCCCGAGGCCGCGUUCGGCUCCACGCCCGGCUCCGUGCCCGGCUCCGUGUCCGGCUCCAAGGGCAGCCUGGAGGGCGAGCUGGAGGCCGAGGCGCCCGCGGGCAAGGCCAAGUUCUCGCUGUUCCGCGGCAAGAAGGCGCGGCCGCGCUCGUCGUCCUUCAGCGAGGCCGAGCCCGAGGGCGCCCGGCAGCCCCGCGGCAAAUUCGGGACCUUCGGGGGCAUCGGCUCCAAGGGCAAGGGCAGCUACGAGGUGACACCCGGGCACGAGGGCGGGUCAUCGCCGCCGCCCCAGCCCGCCCGGCUCUCGUCGUCAUCGUCGUCGUCCGAGGGCGGCGCCCGCGCCGGGGUCCGGCUGCCAGGGCUGGAGCUGGCCGUGGCCAAACGCAAGGAGUGACCGCCGGCGGGGUCAGGGAGUGACCGCUGGGGGAGUGACCACCUGGAGGCCAUGAGUGACCACCUGGAGAUCAUGAGUGACCACCUGGGAUGGCCACCAGGAGGCCAUGAGUGACCCCUGCAGUGGUCAUGAGUGACCCCUGGGAGGCCAUGAGUGACCCCUGGAGUGGUCAUGAGUGACCCCUGCUGUGGCCAUGAGUGACCCCUGGAGUGGUCAUGAGUGACCCCUGCUGUGGCCAUGAGUGACCCCUGCAGUGGUCAUGAGUGACCCCUGGGAGGCCAUGAGUGACCUCUGCAGUGGCCAUGAGUGACCCCUGGGAGGCCAUGAGUGACCCCUGCAGUGGUCAGCAGUGACCCCGGGGGGGUUGUACAUAGCCCUGCCCCGAGGGACCCCCACAUGUACAGAGUGGGGGGAGGGGCUGGGGGUCCCCCCUCUCCCCGGAUUUUGGGGUCCCUCCCCCCCCGCAUGCCAAGUGCUUCUUCUCUUCCAUUUAUCUUUUUAUUCCUUUUUUUUUCUUUUUUUUUUUAAAUAUUUUUAUUGGGGUUUAUUUUUGUGUCCCCCGUUUUAUUCCUCCCUCCUCUCCCCCAAAUAUUUUCAGUGUUUGGUUAGUGGAAAUGAAUUUUUUUUUUUCCUCUGUUUCAAACUUUUUUUUGGCUUUUUUCUUUUUUUUUUCUUUUUUUUUUUUUUUUUUGCGGGGCUGGAGGUUCUGCUGGGUCGAUGGACUUAUUCAAAAUUUGGGGUUUUUUUAGUUUGCGAAAGAAAUGAAACCAAAACUGUGGAUUUUUUAUUAAAAAACCAACCUGAACUGUGGAUUUUUUACUAAAAAAGUAACCCAAACUGUGAAUUUUUUAUUUAAAAAUAAACCUAACCAAAACCAUAUUAAAAAAAAGCAAAAAUAUGGAUUUACCCAAAAAAAUAAACCAAAUAAAUAGGAAUUACUAAAAAAAAAUUAAAAAGUAAAAAUGUGGAUCUAUUUAUAAAAUGAUUUAUUGAAGAAAUUAAUAUAAAAAUAAAUUAAAGAAUUAACAGAGGCAAUAUUCGAUCUGUUAAGAAAAUAAACCAAGAAAAUGGGAAGAAUUAAAAAUUAUAAUUAAAUUGAUUUAGCCAAAGAAAUAAACCCAAAAAAUGUGGAUUUAUUGAGCAGAAUAAACAAAAAGAAAGUGGAUUUAUUACUAAAAUAAAUAUAUAUGGAUUUAUUAAUAAAAUAAACCAAAACCAGUGAUUUAUUAAUAAAAUAAACAAAAAUAUGGGUGUAUUAAUAAAAUAAACCAAUAAAUAUGGAUUUAUUAAUAAAAUAAUCCAAAGAAAAUGUACUUAUUACAUAAAAUGAACCAAAAAAUAAGAAUUUAUUAUAUAAAACAAACCAAAACCAUGGAUUUAUUACUAAAAUAAACGACAGCCGUGGGUUUAUUAUUAAAAAUAAACUAAAAAACGUGGAUUUAUUCCUAAAAACAAACCAAAGAACAGAACUGUGACCUCUGAAGUGGAUCACUGUCCCCUGAGCUGGGAAAUUCCAUCCGUGGCACAAGACCCGGAGCUCGAAUGACUCCGACAGGACGGAGCCAGCCCAGAGCCGCUCCCGAGGGUUUAUUUUUAUUUCAUUUUUAUUUUAUUUUCCUUUUUUUAAGCUGUUUUAUGACUGUUUUUUUGUGGUAUUUGUUACAUCCUUUGUACUAUAAUUUGAUAAAUUUCCGUCUCGUUUAUCCCCAAAGUUUAAAGGGAUCGUCCGGGGUAAAGUUUUGUUUAUGAGGAAUAUUUUUGGGGGAGAAGUUUAAAUAAAUUAAAAUUAAAAUUUAAAUUAAAAAAAAAAUAAAUAACCCUCAGAGAAUGGAAGAAACCUUUUCCCUUUGCAGCACUUUAACGCCGAUUAACGGGAGAAAAUCCGGGGUGGAAAACGCAAAUAAAAUUUGUUUAUUAACCGCGA